AUGCUUGUGCAAGAUUUUGGUGAUCAGAAUGUGCUGAUUGUGGACGAGGUCUCGCAUAACUGCGACAGCAACCAUCGUUUGCGCAAGGAAGUGACGGUUUCUAUGCUCCGGCGCUCGAAAACCGAUGCUUGCGAAGGUUUUGAUGUCCUUCUUGUUUUGCAAAAUGGAGAUGUGGUGUACCAUGGGACUAGUAAAGAAAUCGUGAAGUAUUUACAUGACUUGGGGUAUCAAUAUGCCCCUGAACAGCAGGUAGCACAGUUUUUAUUGAGCCUGACUGCUGAGGAGAAAGAUCGUUUUUGUGUCACAGUACCAACUGAUUUUAAGCUGCGUGAUAGCUCCAAUCACUUUAUAAAGAAUUUCGCUAUUCUCAUGAGAUAUGCAGAUGAUACUGCUGUCAUUGCUGGUGGAAAUGUCACACCUGCCAGUAUCGACAUUGCCGCGUAUCACAACAGGUGCCCAACCGCAACAGACCAUAACUCUGUCACAUUCCUAAACAUUGCUGCAGCUGUCAGCGUGACGAAGCAGACGAGUACUGCAUCAGGUGAAUCGGUAAAGUCUGAAGUGCUCCGCUCGGAGGAAUCCGAUGGUACCAUCGUGACUAAGACAGUCCGCACCACAAGCCACACCGUCAAGUCGGAUAAUGGCGCACUGGUGACGACAAUUGAGGAGGAAAGCAGUUCCACGUCGACGUCAGCGAGCAUAGCGUCUGCUUCUAGUGAUACUGCCGUGAGUACGACGGAGCAGGCUAGCGCUGCACCAGACAAGUCGGUAAAGACUGAAGUGUUCUCCUCGGAGGAAUCCAACGGUACCAUUGUGACCAAGACGGUCCGCACCACGGGCCAAACCAUUAAAUCCGACACUGGCGCGCUGGUGACGACGAUUGAGGUAGAGACGACGACCGAGGUAAGAUUUUCGGCCGGCACGUCAAACACGAUUGUGACAACGGGGACAUUUAACGAAGUGGAAGACAUGAAGACUUUCACGGCCACAAUAUCAAAGCCGGCAUCGUCAUUUCUGACGAGACGGCGGAGACGAAGAUGUGCACGAUCAGGAAGUCAGACGUAA